UAUUCUAUUAAUAACAUUUGCCACUUAUUUCGAAAACAUUGGCACAAUGGCUCACACUUCUUCCCAAACUACUAUCGUAUUCGUUGUUGUUGCUUUGAUUUGUGCGUUCGUUCCUGCAUUCUCUGUUGAAGAAGCUGAAGCAAAAUUACUAUGGGAUACAUGUCUUCUUAAAAUCAGUCCAAAAUGUGCGUUGGAUAUAAUUGGUGUUGUCUUUGAAAAUUUAACCAUCACUGAUGCAUGUUGUCAUGAUCUUGUUCGAGAAGGAAAAAUGUGUCACGAUACUCUUAUCAAAUAUAUUGCUGAGAAGCCGCAUUUAGUUGCCCACGAAACAGAGUAUUUGAAGAAAAGUGAUGAUUUGUGGACUCAUUGUGUCUCAAUUUCGCAAACUGCUUAAAAAUUUGUUAUGCUUGUAUUGAUCUGAUUAACAUAAUUUUUAUUUAACUAUCGUUAAAUUUUAUUUGAUCAAAAAUUGUGGAUCAAACAGUAUGCAAUAUAAAGCGACCAUCAAGUGAAUCUCAUUCUAAAUGAAUCAAUACAAAUAUUAACUCAAUUGACAAACAAUGCGCUAACCAUACAAGAUUGUUAACCUAAUAACAAGACAUAUAUGAAUAAUUUCAAACAAUAUUGCUUAAUUAGUUUGAUUUAACUUAUCUUUAAUUUUAAAAAUUAAUUUUCAACUACGAUGUCAAUAAUUAUUUUUACAUAAACUGAAAAUUAUCUUGGAUAAUUUAAAACAAAAAGCUAAGAAAAUAUCUAAUGUUUCACCUUUGAAACCUUUGAGUUUAGUAGUACAUGCUAAUAUAAUGGCUUGGAAAAAUAAACUAUUUCGAAUACUCAUGUUGUAGACGAUUUUGUAAAUACGAUCAGUUAUAAAGAAAACAAUGAGACUGGAUCUAAUCACGCAAAAGAACAAUAUCCUA